AUGGCGUCUCGUUGGAAGAUAAUGUGUUAUAUUCUGUUAGGUCUUAUAUUUGCAUCAAUCCUCCUUGAGGGUGUAGUGGUGCAAGAUGGGGAUGGCUGGGGCAGAGAAGGUGGGGGUGGUGGUUGUUCAGGAGGUGGUAGAGGCAGUCGUUCAGGAGGAGGAGGUGGUGGCGGUGGUGGUUCGGGAGGAAGGAGAGGUGGUGGUUGUUCGGGACAUGGUGGAGGUGGUAGUGGUGGUGGAGGCCGCGGUGGUGGUGGAGGCAGUGGUGGGGGUGGAGGCAGUGGUGGAGGCGGUGGGGUAUAG